GUGCCCAAGGCUUGGUGAUGCUAUGCUCGGCCGGCUCAGCUCUUUAAUAAGAAGCUCCAACCUCCAUGGCUGGGCAUUAGCGCUGCCUCAAGGCGCCUUGUUCACCUUGUGCCACCACCAGUUAAGCCAAUGGCGUCCAGCAACGAAGUAGCUCCCAGCAAUCCAACGGAGAAUCGUGAUCAAAAGGCUUCCAACCAGCCCGUGGGCAACAAGUCUUCCAGUCGAUCCACAGAGUUCCAGCUGAGGAAGUACCUCCUCCUCCUGGCCACAUUGGUGGCGACGGUGACGUACGUCGCCGGGCUAAACCUGCCAGGAGGAGCCUGGCAGGAGGACACGGAGGAUGGCCACCAUGCAGGCGAUCCGAUCCUCCAGUACGCCCACCACAGACGCUACCUCGCCUUCUACUACUGCAACGCCACUGCGUUCGCCGCAUCGCUGGUGGUCAGCCUCCUCCUCCUCGUACUGGACGGGACGAACACGGGCUGGGAGGCUUUGCUGCGUGUGGUCAUGGUGCUCGAUUUACUUGGCCUCAUGGGGGCCUAUGCUGCUGGCAGCUGCCGGGAUAAGUUCACUACCAUCUACUCUGCCUUGCUGGUCUGUGCCGUCUUUGCCUACAUCGUCAUAGCUUUCUCUGCCUAUGUCUUCUCCAACAAAUCUGUGCUGGCGAUGGUGAUGCCAAAGAAGCAAGGGGAGGACACCGAGAAGCAAGGCGGCAAUCAUGGUGAGGAAACCGAGAAGCAAGCAGGCAAGGAUACUGGCACGGUUGAGCAUGAAGAAGAACUGCGCGAGGUCUUGAUGUUGCUCGCGACCUUUGCAGUUGCCAUCACAUAUGUGGCCGGGCUGAAUCCACCAGGUGGCUUCUGGGGUGAUUCCAAGGGCGAACACAAGAUGAGCGACCCUGUUCUGCAAGAACACUACCCCAGUCGCUACCAGGCAUUCUUCGUCUGCAACACCACCGCAUUCAUAGCAUCCCUGCUAAUCAUCAUCCUGCUCGUGGACAAGAAGCUGAGCAGCAACAAAUCUGUACGGUUUGUUGCUCUGCACGGCCUCAUCAUCACAGCGCUCUUUGGCCUCAUGGGCGCAUAUGCUGCUGGGAGCUGCAGGGAGGUCGACGACACCACCUAUGUCGUCUGUCUCAUCGGUGGAGUCCUUGCGUACAUCUUCCUCCAAGCGGCUCUUACCAAAGCGGUAAAAAAAAAGGGUCACACGCAUAAAUCUGCUUCUGAAUGGCUGAAACUGAAUGCAAUAAGGAGUUGCUUGGGAUCAAAGCGCCAACCUGAACGAGAUCAGACCAGCAGCAGGAACACACAACGCGAGGAUGCGGUGGAAAAGGCCCGCUCUCUUGUUAUGUUGCUUGCUACUCUAGUUGUGAGCAUCACAUACCAAGCAGCAUUUGAUCCACCUGGUGGCCUCUGGACUGCCGAUGGAUCUGAUUAUAAGAAUGGUGACCCAAUACUCCUCACAACGCACCCUACCCGGUACAAGGUGUUCUUUUACAGCAACUCAGCAGCCUUUGUGGCAUCCCUGAUCGUCAUCAUAAUGGUCCAGAGCAGAUUUCUGCUUAAGCGCCACACGCUGGAGGCAGCCAUGAUACUGGAUUUGUUCGGUCUAAUAGGUGCAUAUGCUGCAGGGAGUUGCAGAGAUGAAAGCACCUCCAUCUAUGUUGUCGCCUUGGCAGGGAUUGUCCUUGUAUACGUGGUGAUUCAUAUCAUCUUCUUCACCCUAGACCAUGAGGACAACCAUCGAGAUGCUGAAAAGUUGGAGAACAGGCGUGAGGUGCUUCUGCUCCUUGCGAUCUUGGCUGCGACACUCACUUACCAAGCUGGGUUGACACCACCAGGUGGCUUCUGGUUGGAUGGCAAAGCUGGGCACCGUGCAGGCUACCCAGUCCUCUACGAUAACUAUCGCUCACGUUACAACGCAUUCUUCUACUGCAACGCGGCAAGCUUCAUGGCAUCUGUAGCUGUCAUUGUUCUCCUUGUGAACCCAAACCUAUACAGGCCAGGCAUACGGUGCUAUGCACUAUAUGUAUGCAUGGUUGUGGGCAUGUUUGGACUCAUGGGAGCCUAUGCUGCUGGGAGCUCACGGGAUUUGCGCACCUCCAUCUAUGUGUUAACAUUAGUUGUUGCUGUAUUUGCCUUUGUAGCCUUGGAGGUAGUCAUUUUCUGGGUUUACCCGUACCUAAAGAAACUUCUAUCAAGAGGUGUUAAGACGGAAAAUGGAUCCUCCAGCAGCAUCACAGAACAGAAAACGGGUCCUCGAAGUGAAACUACAGGAAAGACGCCAGAAGCACAGGAGGAGAAGAACAUGCGUGAAUACUUGAUGCUGCUAGGAGUUCUGGCUGCGAGUGUUACCUAUCAGAGUGGCCUCAAACCACCAGGUGGCCUGUGGCAGGACAGCAAUAAUGGUCACUCUUCCGGUAACCCAAUCCUGCAUGACGUCAACAAAGGCCGGUACUAUGCUUUCUUCUAUAGCAACUCCAGUUCCUUCAUGGCUUCCAUUGUCGUCGUCAUCUUGCUGCUUCCAUGGACCCUGCACAAACAUCAAUUGCCACUCUGGCCAAUGCAGACAGCUAUUUUGCUGGACAUGCUCGGCCUCCUGGGGGCUUAUGCAGCAGGCAGUACCAGGGACUGGGAGACAUCCAAGAAUGUCAUCUAUUUGGUCAUCCCUGUCCUAGCCUAUAUUGCAGCCUAUGCAACAGUGUCACUCUUCCGCAAAAGAAGGCAAUGUCACAACUCACAAGAGGAAGUCUGAUGAGCAUCAGUUAUCUGGCGAUGAUGAAUAUCAAAAGUGAUGAAAUUCUAUGAUUUCUACUUUCUUUUUUUUUGACUGAGUACUGUGUUUGUAACUUCUAUUAAGAUGUUGAGCUGUUUAUCCAUGUGUUCUCCAAAA